AUGGAGUUUAUUGCUGCAGGUGUAUCCUGGGCGUUAGCGUCGAUCGUAUUGCCCGAUGACUCCGCAUUUGGUGGUCUUGUUAGCAGAUGGCGGGAUUGGCAUGGACCGCAGCCUGGAGCAGUCGUGAGAACUUUCUCAGAGAGUGACGUGCAAGAAACUAUAAGAUACGCGAAUGAGCAUGGUACUCCGUUUCUCGCUAGAUCUGGUGGCCAUGGAGCAACUGAGGCACUGCAGCUGGCCAAGGAUGUUAUUGUCGUGGACUUGCGAGACCAAAAUGAUGUCGAAAUUGCGGAGGAUGGGAAGUCUGCGAGGAUUGGUGGAGGCGCGAGUGUGAAGAAGGUUGUAAAUGAGCUCUGGGCGGCUGGAAAACAAACAGUCACGGGUAUCUGCGAGUGCGUUGGUGUCCCAGCGCCCGUCCUUGGUGGUGGUCAUGGUUGGUUACAAGGCCAAUACGGCCUCGCAUCAGACCAAGUUAUUUCUGCACGAAUUGUGCUUCCCGACGGAGAUGUAGUGACGGCUUCCGAGGACUCCAACCCCGAUUUGUUCUGGGCUCUUCGCGGAGCAGGACAUAACUUUGGCAUCGUGACCGAAUGGGAGUACAAAAUCUACGACAUUAACACUCCCAAAUGGUCUUAUGAGAUCUUUAUAUUCCUUGGAGAUAAACUGGAGGAUGUUUUGGAGUUGACGAAUAAGAUGAUGAAGACUCAGCCGCCGCAUUUGACGCACUGGAUCUACAUCGUCAACAUUCCUGAAAUUGAUUCUGACAAGCCAAUUAUCUGGUAUGCUGUCAUCUCAGACGGCGCUGCCCAAGAAGCUCGAGACUACGCGAAACCACUUCACGACCUAGGCCCUAUCAACGUCAACGCUGGCGAAGCUUCAAUGCCUGAUUUGGCCGCCAUCACGCUUAUGAGCGACGAUAGCGUCGGGUGCGCAAAGGGCUUCACCGGUCUCCGAUAUCCAAUCGGCCUCAAGACCUACGAUCUCAUCGCCGUCCGAAAGGUCUUCAACGAGAUCGCCAAUAUGUCUAAACGUGUUCCCGAGUUCGCUGGUUCAUUCUUCCUUCUUGAAGGGUAUUCCACCCACGGCGUCAAGGCAAUUGACGCAAAGAACUCUGCAUUUCCCCACCGCGACGAUGAGAUUCUCGUCACUCCUUACAUCCUAUACAAGCCCAACGCGACGCUUGAAGAGCUUGCGCAGGCGCAUGGCGAGCAAUUGAGGGAGUAUCUGCUAGAGGCUAGUGGAGACCCCGAGCAUUUACGCGCAUACGUCAACUACGCUCACGGCUUUGAGUCUCUGGAAGAAAUGUACGGCCACGAGCCCUGGAGGAUCGAAAAGCUCAAGGCCCUCAAAAAGAAGUGGGAUCCCGAGAACAGGAUGAGAUUUUACGCGCCAAUUGUCUAAGCAAGGCAUUCUCAGCCCUAAAGGCCCAGAGUCAGCCCUACGUUGAAGCCCUGGCAAAUCUCACCCAGCCUCACCGAAUGGAACUGCGGGACCGCUUAUUAUAGGGCAUUAUCGCACGCAGAUCAAUAGCCAAGACUGCAAGAUAAAGAACCACAAGCUCUUGUG